GCGAAUCAAAGAGCUAGAAGAGGUGAUCGCUGGUGGUCGGUUGUGAGCGGGAGAGCGCUGGAGCUGGGUCACUGCCGCAGUUGUCAACAUUCUCACGUCAAAUCCGAAGCCUGUGGCCAGGUCCCAGCCAUAGUGAUCUAUGGUCACACCACACAAACUAGUACAGUACAGUAUUAGAAAAUGAGCCGUGCAGAAAAUGAAGCAUAUUGGGGGUCAACAGAUACUGCACCCUCGGCCCUUGACAACUUUUUUGAUGAAGACAGUGAUGUUAAUUGGACUGGUUAUACAGAACACGACAACCACUCCUCUGCAGCGACUUCUCCCUGCGAGUCUGUUGAUGCGGUCGUCCCCGGAGGGCAGCAGGCACCCACCAACUCCAGUAUUACUGACAACAUCACUCUACAUACAUCCACAGAUUGGAUUGUUGUAGAUACGGGAAGUACAAUAAAUAGCAGCGAGAGGCUGGCCAAAGGUGUAGGGAAAGCGAUUGGUGAAAAAUUAGAUUCUUGGAAGCCCCCUUCGGUAUCCAUCAAGUGGAACACGUCACAAGGACAAGGCAGUGGUUCUUGUGUUCAGUGUGCUGCUAAAGAUAACGAAAUCUCUCAGUUAAAAAAACGACUAGAAAAUUCUUAUUCUCGAUACAACCUUACAUUACCACCAGAUGAUACAGUCAACCGAAUUCUCCUAGGUCAGCCAUACUCUCUAGAAUGUUAUCGUAGCCAUGAAGAUAAACUUGCUUUGUUAGAUGCUGCCCUAAAUAUUAUGGAUGGAAGUGCAAUAUUAGCAACAUUGCUUCAUAUGAAGAUCACUGUUAAAAAAAGUCUGUUCAUUAAGGAAAUGCAAGUAAGGCCAUCUGCAUCUCAGCUGUAUGUCAAUUACCUAAAGAAGCGUCGCAACUACGCAGAAGCCAUAGAUUUUCUAGGAUUGCUUGGCAAAUCUGAGGAUGCAGCAAUUCUAUCUUAUGAAUUGGCUCUCUCAAGCAAAUCACCAGAAGUCAAGAUGAAAAAUAUGAAAAAGGCUCUUGACAACAGCUUCACAGAUCCUAGUCUCUCAUAUGAGGCAAAAAUUGUGAUGGAUAACAUAAAACUACUAGAAAGACAGAUGGCCAUAGAUCAAGCAGAUUGUAAUGAUCAGACAAAUCCCAUGCUUGUCAAAUAUCCACGUGCUGCCAACAUCGUUGACAAGUCUCUUCUAACAACUCUCUUUUACUGCUGCAUGUAUCAUUGGGAUGUUUCCGAGUCACAUGCUGGAAGUCCGAUGGCCUUGAGAAAAGCUCACAGCUUCACGGAUGGUCAAGUCUUGUGGACAGUCUUACGAGGGCGAGCACGGGUUAACCACUGGCCUUUGCCUAAUGAAUUGGAUUCUUGGCUAGGGAGUAAGGGCUUACUAGGAGCACUUGGGUCCUUAACUUCUGCAUUCAGUGGUGCCGGCAAAGUGAUCAGUUCUGGCAUCAAGGCAGCUCUACCAAUGGAGCAGGUGGUGCACACACUGUCAGCAAGUGGAGCUCCAGCAAAUGUACUAGCAGUCUACAUAUCUUUGAUAGACUCCAUGGACACUCGCAUUAAGUUGGCUGUGAACUACAAAUGUCACCAAGCAGUUAUUGAUGUUCACAUUGCUCAAAAGGACAGGGAUGCCCUCGAAAAAUAUAUGAAGGAAAUACCGGCAGGCUCUCCCGAGUAUCUGAAGGCUGAGAGUGCAUUAAAGAAUGUCAAGUGGAAAAACUAAAUCAGGCUGUUACUACACAUUCCAGGAACAACAUUUGAUCAUUCUAGAUGUUCAGAUGUAUAAAACAUUUAAGGACAUGGAGGAUAGACAGACGGACGGACACACACACACGCACUCACGCAUGCACACACGCACGCGCACUAGGGGGCCUGGAAGCCUAGUGGAUAGCGUGCAGGACUCGUAAUUCUGUGGCGCGGGUUCGAUUCCCGCACCAGGCAGA